AUGAUUCUUGAUGACUCCCCUCUGCGUUCAUGGCUGAAAGGAAAGCUUAGGAUGAUUGGAAAACGUCACAGUUUCGAUCGUCAUGAAAAUGCCCCUUAUUCUUUAAAGAAUUGUAACGGAUCUGAUUAUGAAAUAAAAUACCUUGGUAGUGGUGAUGUUGCAAUUACAUAUUCUGAGAGAAUCGCAUGGAUAAAAACCCCUGGUCUCCCACCAGAACUAUAUUCAAAAGAAAACUUCUCGAUGAUUGUGGAAUUUGUUGGUCGGGUUGUGGUCCCUUGUGUGGUUAAUCAAUCAACUAUUAAUCUAUCAUAUGGAAAGGUUGGUAUCCUAACAUCCUUGAUAUCCACAAUAUCCAGUGAACAUGUGGUGGAAGUCAAUGUUAGAAUCAUCAAACUACAAAACGUAGAAGUAGAUCUAGAUUGGGCUCCAUUCAAACAAAGAUACUACUCUACGGAAGUGAGCUCUUCAUCGAAGGAUGGAGAUAAUGACAAUGACGGAGAGGGUGUGGAUGGAUACAUGCCGGAUACAUUUCCAUCUGAGAAUACCAAUGAAGACCUGGGGGAAGGGGAGAUUGGUCACACUGAUACUGAAUUUGUUAAAGACUCUUACAUUGAUAACAUGUAG